AUGGUGGCUGUGACACUCUUGCUAGGCGGCGUGAAACUUCAGGGGACCGAGGUUGACGGACACUUCCUGGUGCCGGCGGAAAGCUUUUGGGCUGCGGGCGGGGUCGUGGAGCGCCCGAUCCCCCACGGGGCCAGCGCGCAGCCCAUCCAGCAGUCGGUCGCGCAGUCGCAGCCCGCCACGACGCAACAGGCCUCCUACCCCACCGCCGGCGCGUGUGCGGCCGACUCGAGCUGUGGCCAGCUGUUUCGCCCUUCCUUGCCUUUAGUCCAGUUCGCCCAGUGCCUGGACCGUCGCCUUUCCUGGCUCAGCCGGUGCCCCAGCUUCUCCCACCGUGGUUGCACCAUUGCCGCGGUCCUGCUCGCUGACACCCAGGCCUGGACGCGCAUCGGGCUGAUUGAGUCGGUGCCUGCCCGAUCCUGGCCGCUGGCGCCCUUGGGCCGCCGCGGCCGGGUCGGGGGUUGCCGCCUCGGUCACCUACUCGUGGUUCAUUUGCAGGCUGACUGGUGGAUCAGGUUUGUAAUUUCAGUGUGCCGGUUUGAAGACGUGCACUCCAGUCCAGUGCACACAAUUCUUGGAAGGACCGGCCGCAGGCGCCUCGGGGCAGCCGCUGGCCGCGUUUUGUCAAGCUGGGGCCUCAUUGCUGUUGCGUGCCGUGUUUGCUCGCUUCGUCUUGCACACGGCUUUCAGGAAGCCUUUGGCGCGGCGCUUAUUUUUGAGGUCCGUGCGCCUUCUGGCAGCCACCUGACGCGUGCCCACCACGGCCUUCACGGAACCAAAGGACAAAAAGUCUGCACUGCGUGGAUGGCUCGCCGCAUCUCUCGGGCGGAUACGCCGGAUCGCUGUCGUCGCCAACCGUCCCCGGUUCUCUCCGUCGCUUCGCGGUCGCCGCCGCCCAGCUCCUCCGGCAGUGCCACGCCGAGGGCGCCGGAGGCGGAGCUCGACUCGUGUUGCGUGUGUUUGGAAGCCCUCCAACCGAGCGUGUCUGGAGAGCGCGCGCCGCGGCCGUUCCCGACGUGUGCGCGUCACCAGCUGCACCUCGGGUGCUUAGCCCAGUUCCGCGCGCAAGCCUCCCGUCCAGCCGACUUACUAUGCCCCUUGUGCCGCCACAGUCGCUGCCCCGCGUGCGAGCCGGAAGGGUGGACGGCCCGACACGACGCGGCGUUGCGCGACGAGUGCGCGCGACAGGGUGUGCAGAUGCCGGCUCGGCGUUCUGGUGAAGAGACUGUGCGGGAAGCCGUGCAGGAUUACGCGCUCCGCACCUUCACCUCCAACGACGCGCCCGAACCGCCGCCGCCUCCAGGCGUCGUUGUGCUGUGCUGCAACCGUGUUGCGGCCACGCGCGGAGCAGGCGGGGUCAACUUCGUUGCUUUGCCGCACCGCGACAUGGACUGGGCGCCGCAGCCGAUUAGGCACGAAGCGGGCAUUGCAGCGUGGCGACCGGCCUGGCUGUGCCCUGGUUGCGCUCGGGAUGUCCAGCUGGAUGACAUCCAUGUCCCGGCAAAUGCCGGACAGACUUGCGGGGGUUGCGGCAGUCGGCUGUGGUGGGAAUACGACCGUGCCAUCGAACGUGGGCGACUUCGCUGCUCUCACGGUUGCAACCGGCCAGCAGAGGAGCUGCGGGCGCCCGAGCCCGUCAGGCCAGCGCCGCCGGCGCUCCCACACGUGUCUGGGCGCGGAGGUGGCAGUGCGUUCUGGCUGUCGCGCGGCCCACCUACAGGCGAUGUGCGGGAAAGCACCAACUCCUGGCUGUACGUUCCGCUUCUCCAUGCAGCUGCGGCGGAUCUCGCGGUCGCUGCGCUUGCGGAAUGGCGAGCAGACCGGCGUGCUGCCAGCUGGUGGGAAGAAGCCCGUCACGUGCUCAUGGCGUCCGAGCCCGUCAGCCCGCAAACGCUGGUGGCAGCUGUAGUCCGUGCUGUGGAGGCCGCGCCAACACACGAGCAUCACCUGCCUGACCUCGUCUCACGCAUCCAGGAUGCGGGGCUGCCCAGCAGUGCGCGUGUCCACGUCGGAUGGGCGGUCCGCCAGCUCCGGGAGCCGGAUGCGUACUUGCUCGCGCCCGUGCAGGAGGCCUUGCUCGAGUGCUACGGAGGCAUGCAGCUGGCGUCGGCGCUUGACCGGCAUUCCGAUCGCUUCCGCGCCAUGCCGGCCCCGGGCGCCGCUCCCCCUCAUGGAGAAGCCGCCGAGACAUCCGCGCGCGGCGGGAGGGGACGCCGCCGUGGGCGGGGCCGUGGCGUUCCGCCGGCUUCUGGGGCGCGUCAGCGUGACCAUGAUUCGUCGGGCAGCGAUACUGCUGCGGCCCCGGUUCCAGACCACGCCCAGGUGCCGGAUCGACAGCCGGUUUCCCUUCCCGACUUCCCUCGCGCUGCUUGGCAGUGGCUUGACGGCCUUGAUCUCCUCGCUGAGCUCCGUCGCCAAGUGCCCACCCUGCACACCGUGCCCCGUUUUCUCGCCGCGGGAGUCCGCCAUGCGCUUGUUUCCGCGCUUCAGGCGAUUCGGGUGGCGCAUGAGGGCCGCGACGACGUCGCGUGUGUGCGGGCGUGGAAGCUCUUCUUGCUUUUGCCGCGCUUGCUCCUUGCCCGUUGCGUCGAGACGGGUGGAGAAGGUCGGGCCGUUCUACUCCGCCGGGUGCAACUCUUUCGGGAAGGUCGUUGGGACAGCCUGCAUGGCCAGCUCGGCGCAGUGCCCUCCCGCACGCGGCAGCCCACAACCCCGGAUGCCUCGGAGGCUCGCGCAGCUGCGGCCUGUGCCCGGGUCCGGCGAGGGGAGCUCUCCCGAGCGCGCCAGGUCCUCACUGCGGCCGCGUUGGCGCCCGGGGACGAAGCCACGCUCCGAGCACUCACCGACCCUUCCAGACGGCCGCCGCAGCCGCUGCGACCGGUCCCGCAGCACGUGAUGAACCAUCACCCUGCGGAGGAGGUCGCGCUCUCCAAGCAACAAGUCGCCGACGCGCUUCGCACCUCCAAGCGCGGGUCAGCUGCUGGCCUGUCGGGCGCCACUGUCGAGUUCUACAAGUUGCUCCUCGACGAUGAGGGUGCCUUAGAGGCCUUCACAUUCGUGGUCAAUGUCGCAGCUCGCGCGCAGGCUCCCCCGGUUGCGUUGGACGCCCUGGCCUUGUCGCGCCUCACCGCCCUUCGCAAGCCACAGGGAGGGGUCAGAGGCCCGGGUGAGGAGGCUGCGUGGAUUGCAGCGCGCCUCGGCGCCUUCCUGCCGCCCAGCUUGGGGGGCCUGGGCUUGUUGGCUGCAGAGCGGGAGUGCCAGCGCUUCGUUCGCCAGCUCCUGCGUCUCCGCGUUCAGAGGGCCCCUGCAACCCUGCGUGCCACGGCGGCCCAGGGGUGGGCAAGGCGAUGGUGGGGCCUGCUCUCGGUCGCCGUGCAGAGGGCAGUUGCCAGCACGGCCCUGGGUGUCUGGACGAUGCCGGCGCUGCCGGGCUCGCCGGACGGGGCCCCCCUCGCUGAUGUCCUUGAGCUCGCCGAUUUCGCGGGGCCCAGCCGCCUGCCGCUUCGGUGA